CUUCACUGCUCUGGAGACCUUGCCAGCAACUGUCGCCAUGGCAGAGGACAAGAGAGAAUGCGUGAAAGUUGUGAUCAGAUGCCGGCCUAUGAGCAGACAAGAAACGAUAGACAACCGGGAGAAAAUUGUGGACAUGGACAUCCAGAACGGACUAGCCCGAGUUCGAAGACCGGGAACAAACGACUACAAAGAUUUCACCUUUGAUGCAGUCUAUGAUGAAACUGCAGUGCAAACUGACUUCUAUGAACAUACCGGCUAUGCCAUUGUCGAGAGCGUCAUGGAUGGCUACAACGGCACCAUUUUCGCCUACGGCCAAACUGGUACAGGAAAGACCCACACCAUGGUGGGCCCUGCAGAGCCCGAGGAAGACCGGGGCGUCAUCCCAAGGGCCUUUGGGCACGUCUUCCGGAACGUGGAUGUUGGUGGCAAUCGAACUUUUCUUGUCCGUGCAUCCUACCUGGAGAUCUACAAUGAAGAGAUCAGGGACCUCUUGUCCAAGAAUCCGAAGCAGAAACUGGACCUGAAGGAUCAUCCGGACGGUGGUGUGUAUGUUAAGGACCUCACCAUCAUGAUCGUCAAAGGUGUUCGUGACCUCCAGCAAGUGAUGGAGGUGGGACAAAAGAACCGCAGUGUCGCAAGCACCCUGAUGAACAACGAGUCCAGCAGAUCGCAUUCGAUUUUUACGGUCACGGUGGAGAUUCUGGAAAAAGGAUUGGAUGGCCAAGAUCACGUUCGGGUUGGAAAGAUGAACAUGGUUGAUUUGGCCGGUUCAGAACGGCAAAGCAAGACCGGCGCCACCGGAGACACAUUGAAGGAAGCCACGAAGAUCAACAUGUCCUUGAGCGCCUUGGGCAACGUCAUUUCAGCCUUGGUGGAUUCCAAGACCUCCUUCAUCCCCUACCGUGAUUCAAAGCUCACCAGACUGUUGCAGGAUUCGCUGGGUGGCAACACCAAAACGGUGAUGUGCGCUUGCAUAGGUCCCGUCGACUACAAUUACGACGAGACCCUCAGCACCCUUCGUUAUGCACAUCGUGCCAAGAGCAUUAAAAAUAAGCCGCGGAUCAAUGAAGAUCCCAAGGACGCCAUGAUCCGAGAGUUCCAAGAUGAAAUUACCAGGCUCAAAAUGCAGUUGGAAAAGCGAGGAGGUCCUGGUAGCCCACCAAGACCGCCUCCACAAGAGGGCGACGAUGUGGUGGUUGAGACUGAGGUAGUGGAGGUUGAAAAGAUCGUUGAGAAGGAAGUGGUAGUGGAGAAGGUGAUCAAUUCUGGCCUAACGGAUGAGGAUGUGCGCCGUCUCCAACACCAGGUGGAGGCAGAACAUUUGGAGAUCGAACGGCAGCUUCAGUUGGAGAGAGAGGCAAUUGAAGCCCAGAAGGAAAUGGCUGACCAGGAGAAGCAGCUCCUAUUGGAAGCGCUGGAGGAGAAGCAGAAGCAACGAGAACAAGAGGCCCAGCUGCAGGAAAAGAUGCUGCAGCAGCUGAAGGCCAUGGAAGAGAAGAUGUUGGUGGGUAGUCAGGUGAUGGAGAAGGCCAUGCAGCAAGAGGAGGACCUGCGGCGUGCGGCGAUGGAGGUGGAGGAGAAGAAACGCGAGCAGCAGCGAAUGCGCGAGGAGCUGGAGCAACAGCAGGAGGAAAAGUUGGAGCUGGAGGAGAAGUAUAGCUCCACUGAAGAGCAGGUUCAGAAGAUGACUGCAAAACUGGAGAAGCUCUGGAAUCGUCACAAGCAGACCCAGGAAGAGGUACAAGACCUCCAGCAGGAGUUCCAAACCGAAAGGGAGGACAUGCUGGAUACCAUCCGGGAUCUCCGGAAAGAAGUGAAGUUGGUUUGCCUGACCAUUGAAAAUUUCAUCCCCAUGGAACAAUAUCAGCAGAUCGUUGAGCGUGCGCACUUCGAUGAAUCCUCGGAUGAAUGGGUCAUCAGCAAUGUGGACCUGGCAGGAAAUCGCAUCCGAAGGAGAGGCCGCAUGCUGGAUGAUGAUGGCCGUCGCCGGCCUGGAGGGGAUGGCAGGGAUGGCAGCCCUGACCCUGUGGCCAUGAUGAACGAACGUCCCAACGUCUACUUCGCCUAUACCGAAGAUGGUGGGGCCCAACGGGCUGAGACCAGGCCCCAGGCCAAGCAGAAGAAUGGGAAGUCGCAACGCGUGAAGUCCGCAGGACGUCCAGGGACUGCCUCCAGGAAAGGGCGCGGGGUGAAACAGCAGGCGGUAGGCAUCAACUUUGUACACUCCCCGGAUCCCAUUGAGGAUGUGGAGGAGGCAGCCUUCCCCAAAGCACGCGGCUUGGUGCGAGCUGGGUACCAGGGCUAAGCCGCUAAGCCCCACGUGCUGGAAGUACAGGUCUAGCAGGUGAGCCGCUCGCAGAUUUCCUCAAAUUCGCUUUUGCCGUGAUAGCUCGUAGACUCCGAGUUCAAUGAUUUUACUGUUCCAAAG